CCACCAGCUCCAUCGGAUUUAACAGAAGAGCAGUCAUUCCCGCAUGCAAUUGAAAUUUCAUUCUUGCCACCAUCACCACCGCACGGUAUCAUCAACGAAUACAGAAUAAGACACACUCCGUCUGAUCAGUUGAACUACAAAGAAGUUCGAGUUCACGGAAGCCGACUGCAGUGCUCAGAUGCAUCAAAACGUGACCGACUGUGUUAUCGCGUUGUGGACCUGGAACCAGAGCAGGAAUAUGAUAUUCAGGCAGCAGCACAUACCGAAGGUGGUGCUUGGGGUGAAUGGAGCGAGCCGAUGAGUGCACGAACGCAUGAACAAAGUAAAGCUUUUCUAGAAGAAACGAGCAGUGCUGAUUUAUUCUAG